CGGCCUCGUGCCCCUCCAGCCCCUGCUUGUCUUUCACCAUACACUGACUGAGUGACUGACUCAACCGUUACGUUUCCCAUAAAGACACCCGCUCUCAGGCGCCCCCCUUACAAACGGCAGCACCUGACCGACGCCGAGGAAUCCCUCACUGAAGCAAGAAGGAAGCAGGACCAGCGACUCCAAGGAGACACGCACACAUCCGCAGCUGAUCCACAGCGGGGACGGAGGACACCAUGAUGGAGAGCGAGAGAGAGCUGUCGGCCAUGGCGCAGGAGCUGUGGGACAACGACAUCAACAGGCUCAAACCCGGCACCGACUACAGGAUCUCUCUGCAGGGCAAAGCAGGAGACAGCAUGUGCGUGAACGACGACAACGACGGAGCCGGGUCUCCUCUGUUUACGUUUGUCGACGAGAACACGUUCAAAAAGGAGACUUUUUUAGCUUUCAUCUCCCUGCUGGAUAACUAUGUGAGUGACACCGGCGAGCCAGAAAUUGUGACCCCGGAGGAGGUGGCAGAGAACCACAAAUUCCUGGACUCCAUCAUUCAGACUCCCACCAUGAAGAUAGCUCAUAAAUACCUGGUGGAGAAGAACCUUUCUCCAAAGGAUGAUACACAGUUCAAGCAGCAGCUAUACAGGAUCUGGUUUGAACUUUAUGCGAGGAGGGGAUCCAGCAAGCCGGACUCCUCUGGAUUUGAACACGUGUUCGUCGGGGAGACGAGAGGAGGGAGGACUGUCAUCGGCUUUCACAACUGGAUCCAGCUGUACCUGCAGGAGAAGCUGGGACACAUCGACUACAAAGGCUACAGCGUCAGCGCCAAUUCCCCCCAGCCCGACGAGAACAAACACAUCCUGGCCCUCCAGUUCAGCUGGAAGGACGGUAUAAAGCCCAAGGGCAGCAUCUUCAUCGGCGUCAGUCCCGAGUUUGAGUUCGCCCUCUACACGCUCUGCUUCCUCACCUCGCCCAACGAGCGGGUCAAGGUCCAGUUCAGUUCCUACGACGUGGAGAUCGUUUGCCACCACUACAACCAAAAGCACAUAGGCACCACUUACCCUGUGCUCCUUAAGUACCGGAAACCCACCUAGAAACUUGGCUAGAUAUAGGAUAUCACUUCUCCAACACUUUAUUUUAGAUGAUGAUACAUUAAAAAACCUAUAAAAGACCAAA